AUGAGGCGGAUGGGGAGCCGGGGCUGCACGAGCCGGAAGACCCGGUUCGGAUCGCGGGAGCGGGACUGGCUGAAGGGCGACACGCAGCGGGGCUGUGUGUGUCUGUACGGGGCGGCGGCGGACCCCCAGCCGGCUGGCCCCGGGCCCCCGGCCCCCCCCGGGCCCCAGGCCGACCUGCAGAUGGUGCUCUGCUCCACCAGCACCACGGUGGAGGAGCUGCUGGCCCAGCGGGACGGAGAGGCGCUCUACGUCCAGCUCCACGGGGACCUGCUGAGGCGUCUGGGCCCCUCCGAGCGGCCCCUCCAGAUGGUGUUCGACUACCUUUCGGCGCUGGGCUUCAGGGAGCCGGCCCGCGUGCAGCAGGAGGCCAACAACUCAGACCUCAGCUGUAUGAUCCGCUUCUACAGCGAGCGGCCGGUGAACGUGGACCAGCGAGACCGCGCCCUGUUGAGGGGCGUGUUCAGCGUGCGGAAGGGGAAGACCCAGCUGCACAAGUGGGCGGAGCGACAGGUCAUCCUCUGUGGCACCUGUCUGACGGUGGCCUCGGUCAAAGAUCGCGAGGAGGGGAAGAUGCACAUCCUGCCUCUGGUUGGGGGGAAGGUGGAGGAGGUGAGGAGGAGGCAGCACUGUCUGAUGUUCAGCUCCGCUGGGCCCCAGGCCCAGACCUACUUCGUCAACUUCGACUCCCUGGCAGACUACCAGCGGUGGUACCGCCAGGCGUCCAAAGUGGUCUCCCAGACAGUGUGCUUGGUGGACCUCUCCUGCUACAACCUGGAGGCAGUGCCGGAGUACCUGUUCUACAGCCAGGACAUCACACACCUCAACCUGAGACACAACUUCAUGACCCCCCAGGGGCCGGGGGGUCUGCUCAACUUGCCCAGGUUCUCCCAGCUGAAGAGCCUGAACCUGUCCCACAACCGCCUGGGCGUGUUCCCCGGGGUGGUCUGUGAGAUCCUCACCCUCACAGAGCUCAACCUCUCCUGCAACGGCCUGAAGGCCGUCUCUGUGCAGAUAGCAAACCUGCAGAGCCUACAGACUCUCUCUCUGGAGGGGAACGACCUGAGCUCCCUGCCGGAGGAGCUUGGAGGCCUGUCCCAGCUGAGCAGCCUGGGCCUUUCCUUCAACGACUUCCCCCAGAUCCCUGCGGUGCUGCGGGGGCUCAGCGGGCUGGAGAGGCUGGGCAUGGCCGGGAACCGAGUGGAGCGCCUGGAGCUCUGUGUUCUGGCCACCAUGAGCCGUGUGAAGAAUGUGGACCUGCGUCUGAACGGGCUGCGCUGGGUGACCAGCGAGAGCCCCGAGGUCAUAGGUCACGUGACCCAGCUGGACCUGAGGGACAACGGCCUGGCCUCGCUGGACCUGAGCCCCCUCGGCAGCCUGGAGACGCUGCACUGCCAGCGCAACCGCCUGCAGACGCUCACCCUGAGCGGGCUCGGCCUACGGACGCUGCAGGCCGCCAGCAACCGCCUCAACAUGGUCAACAUCUACCCUGUCCCCAACCAGCUGACCAACUUGGACCUAUCACGGAACCAGUUGGAGUACCUUCCGGACUGGGUGUGUGACAGCAGGAAGAUGGAGGUGCUGGACAUCGCCCACAACGCGCUGACAGAACUCCCGUCCAGGUUACUGAACAGCAUGAGUCUGAGGAGGCUGCUGGCGGGGAACAACCUCCUGCAGGCGCUCCCUGAGCUGCUGGACCACGUCCCCCUGGAGGCGCUGGACCUCCAGCACAACCGGCUCAGCAGGCUGCCCCACAGCCUCUUCUGCAAGGCCCUGAACUUGAAAUACCUAAACGUGUCAGCCAAUACGCUGGAGACGAUCCCCCCCAGCAGCCAAUCAGAGGAGAGCCUCAGCACGCUGCAGGAGUUGUACCUGACGGGAAACAACCUGAGCGAGAGCGUGGGGGGACUGCUGGUGGGCCACCCGCGCCUCCGGGUCCUCCACCUCGCCUACAACCAGCUGCUCUCCUUCCCCGCCAGUAAGCUAAGCAGGCUGGAGCAGCUGGAGGAGCUGAACCUGAGCGGGAACCGUCUGAGGAGCAUCCCUUCCACCGUGGCCCGCUGCCCCAGGCUGCACACGCUGGUCGCCCAUAGCAACCUCCUCAGCACCUUCCCCGAGAUCCUCAGCCUGCCCGAGAUCAAGUACGUGGACCUGAGUGGUAACGAGCUGAGUGAGGUGGUGCUGUCCGACCCGCUGCCCCCCUCCCUCCAGGAGCUGGACCUGACGGGGAACAGCAGCCUGGUUCUGGAGCCCAAGACCCUCAACCUCUUCAGCCACAUCACCACCCUGAAGCUGGACCAGAGGGCCGGGGGGGCCGCGGGGGGGGCCCCCGCCCUGUGGAGCCACGGCUACUCAGAGACCAGCGGUCAGAGGAACAAGCUGUGUGUGUCCGUUCUCGCCAUGGACCGCUUCGGAGACGGGCUGGGCGCGGUUUACGGCCUCUUCGACGGCGACCGCAACGAGGAAGUGCCCCGCCUGCUGCAGUGCACCAUGGGAGACGUGCUGUCGGAGGAGCUGCAGCACUCCAGCGUGGACCGCGUGUACAUGAGCAACACCUUCCUCACCUCACACAGGAAGCUGGGCAUGGCGGGCCAGAAGCUGGGGGCCUCCGCCCUGCUCUGUUACAUCCACCGGGAGCCCUCGGACCCCGGGGGGGGCCACCUGCGGCUGACCGUGGCCAACGUGGGCAGCUGCCAGGCCGUGCUGUGCCGCGACGGCCGGCCCCUAGUCCUCUCCAAGGUCCUCACCUUGGAGAGCUGCCCCGAGGAGAUGGAGAGGGUGAAGAACGGCAAGUCCAUCAUCACCGAGGACAACAAGGUGAGCGGGGUGACGGGCUGCUCCCGGCUGCUAGGCUGCUCCUACCUCUCCCCCUGGGUGCUGCCGGACCCCUGGGUGCACACCGAGCGCCUCUGCUCCCAGGACCGCUUCCUCAUCCUGGGCAACCGCGCGCUGUUCCAGAGGGUCUCGCCCCGGGAGGCGGUCCGCACGGCGCAGACCGCCGCGGACCCCGCCGCCGCCGCCAGGAAGCUGUGCUCGCUGGCGCAGAGCUACGGCUGCCGCGACAACUUGGGGGCGCUGGUGGUGGCGCUGAACCUCGGGGAGGACAGCUGCACCUGCUGCCGCCCGCACCCCCCCGCCACCGACGGGGGCGCCGCCCGGCCAGCCCCCCCGCCCCCCCCCCCUGGGGGCCCGCCCGCCCCUCACCCCGGCGGCGGCGGCGGCGGCGGCGGCAACGGCGCAGAGCCUCGGACCUCGGAGCCGGGCAGCGAGGCGGGCCCCCAGGAGCCGCCUCCGCCCGGUCCCCCCGCCGCGCGGCCUGAGAGGCUCUGCAGCCUGCACCCGGCCCCCCCACAGGGGGGAGGGCCCCUGGGGGCCCCGGCCAGGGGGCCCGGCGGCGGCGGCGGCCCCCUGCUGUUCCAGCGCCAGCCCCCCUCCAGCGCGGCGCACUUCCCCGGGGGGCUCUCGGACAACGGGCUGGACAGCGACGACGAGGGGCCGCUGGACGGGGUGACCGCCAACGGCCGCCGGAUGGAGGUUGAGGCGGACAUCCACUGCUGCGCCUUCCAGCUGCGGCCGGGGGCCGCGGAGCGCUCCGGCCAGCGGGGGAAGGUGCGGCGGCAGAACAGCGUGGUGGUGUCGGCCACCAACGGCUGCCUGCUGGCCGUGUGCGGCCGGGGUGGGGCCUGCCUGAAGAAGUCCCCCUCCGCCUCCAGCCUGGGGGCCAAGAAGCUGCCCAACGGCUCGGUGGUGGCCCCCCAGGACAGCCACAACCUCAUCGAGGUGGCCCUGGAGGCCCCCAGGAAGAAGUCGGGCUACUUCACCGCCCCGGCCCAGCCGGACCCCGAGGACCAGCUGGUGGUGCCCCCGGGCCUGGAGCAGGCGGUGCGCGAGCAGCUGAGGGCCCAGGGCCCCGGGGUGCCGGGGGCCCCGGGCCCCUCCACGGCCCCCCCCGCCAGGGACCCGGUCUGGGACCCCCCCCACGCCCGGGCCCCCGGCCUGGUCCCGCUGGCCGGCCCCGCUCGGCAGGAGGUGUACGACACGGCGCUCUAG